GUUAAUGACUUCAAAUCCUAGUUUAAGCUGGCAAAAGAUCCAAGAUGUGUACUAUAGCUUGGUUCCAUGCUACGAGACUUUGAAUUGGUCAAUUGGAAACCUUUAUGGUGACCACAAGGUUAAAAUAUCAUCACAUUCCACGCUGGUGGCUUUGUCUUCAAAGUACACUUCCCACCCCAGUGUGAUAGACAUAUACACCAUCAGUGGAAAUAACUUGUGGUCGGUAGUUUACAACAGUACUACUGAAGAUCAUAUAGUGGACUACGAGUUCUACAAUGAGGAUUUAUAUGUGGUGCUAAGCAACCAGAAGUUCAGGCAUUACAAAGAUCUCAAAGGUAGUUUUGACGAGUAUGUCUUUACCAAAGACCUUAUAACCUUGGACAAUUUCGGAGAGUCCGAUGUGUUCUUAAACAAUGUGAACGCAGAAGAAAUUCAGGGGAAUCUGAAUGGGAAAACUGGAGGAAAAGAUCAUGAAGGUACUGGCAAACUCAACAAACAUGUUAUAACUAACCUUGAAAAUAAUGAACCAGAAGAGGUUUUCCAAAUAUUCGAUACCUACAUUUGGGGGAGUUUCCUUGUCCUACGGUUGACGAAUCGGUUCAUUAUAACUAAUCUUGCAGACAAUCACAGAAACUAUGAAAUCUUAAUUCCAGUGACUCUGGGACCUCAACUUCAUGACAUGGCAUUGAUAGAAUUGACUGAUGACGGGUUCUCAGCGGUGAUAUGCUACGGCUCUACGGCAUUGACAUUGAAAGUAGAUUUGAAAUCUUCCAGCUAUGAGUUGGUCGAUCACGAACUCACUGACGGGCCGUUCACAAAGGUGACAGUAUCACCUAAUGGUCAUUUAGUGGCUCUUUUGAAUGAACAAGUAUCGACUAUUUUUGUGAUCAGCAGUUCUUUCACCCAAGUAUUGUUAGAGUACGAUACUUCCAAUGACUCAAGUCUGCCUUAUCAAAUCGAAUGGUGUGCAAAUGAUGCCAUUGUGUUGUCAUUAAGAGAUGAAAUAAAGGUAGUAGGACCGAACCAGGCAUCCAUAUCGUUUUUCUAUGAUUUCAUAGAUGAAGAUGAUCUUGACUUCGAUGCUGUACUUAAGGGUACGGGUGAUGACGAAUUAUCUUUCACCAUUGCACACUUGAAAAGUGAACCUGAUGGUUUAAAGAUCCUCACCACUAAGAAAGUAGAGUUCUUGUCUAGAGUUUCUGAAUCGAGCAGAAACUUGUAUCAGAUUGGCUCAUCUCAUCCAGGAAGUAUUCUAUUAGAUUGUAUCGAUAAGUUAACCCAACAAUCGUCAAAAGCUGACACUAACAUUUCGUUAUUGAAGUCUGAUGUGUCUUUAAUAAAUGCAAUGGAUUCAUGUCUCGAUGUUGCAUUAGACGAGUUCAACCCACAGUGGCAGAAGAAACUUCUUCUGGCUGUUACGUUUGGUAAAGCUUAUGUUGAUGGAUAUUACAACUCUGAGAAGUACUUGAAAGUCAUAAACACCAUUAAAGUUUUGAAUCAGCUAAAAUCAGCAGACAUCUCUUUAUUCUUAACUUCAAAAGAAGCCGAUAUAUUGGGUUGGGAUAAAAUAAUUGGGAUGUUAUUGAAUAGGGACCAAUAUCUUUUGGCUCUCAAGGUUAUCUCCUUGUUAGACUUACAAUACUUGCGAGACAAAAUUUAUGUACACUGGUGCUGCUACAAAAUAAAGAAGGAAAUUGAUGUGGAGGAUUCCGAGCUUUACAAAAUAAUUGCCAAGAAGCUAGUUUCCGCUAGAGAUGAUGCUAGCAAGAAAAACUAUGUAUCUGUUGUUGAAAUUUCCGAAAUCGCUUUUGAAGAGGGAAGGCUUGAUCUUUGCAACUAUCUUAUCAACUUGGAACCGACAAUAGUCAAGAAGGUCGAACAGUAUCUUAAAUUUGAAAAGCUAGAAAUAGCUUUGAUAAAGGCAUUCGAAAGUGCUGAGUAUGAUUUGGUAAAAGUGUUACUAAUGCACCUACAUAGUACACUUUCAGUAUCCCAAUUUUUCAAGAUUCUACAUCAAAAUGAGUCUCAUUCUAUCACAGAUCCAAUUAGUGAAGAUAUUGAUACUUCUAACCAAAUAUUAGUUGUUGAUGGUAAUUUAGUGGAGAGCUUCUGGGUACAAAGUAUUGGAAAACACCAUAGAGAAGUGAUGGAGAAAUAUUACAAACAAGAAGAUAUGAAAGUUGAACUAUCAAUUGAAAGGUUAAAAUAUUUCCUCAAACAAAAUGAAUCCCCACCUGACAUAAGUACUGGCUUAUUGACUUACUACGAAGACUAUAAAAUGAAGUUAUUGAAAUUACUGGGGUCAUCUGGGGAUAGACAAAACUACAAAUUCCAUCAAUCAGAGUUGGAUGUUUUAGAAUUACAAAAGAAACUCAGCGAUACAUACCAAACUGAUUUCUUUUCCACCAAAAGUUUGAGUCAGAUUUUGGUCAAGUUAAUCAAUAUGCAUCAACUCAAACAAGGACACAAAAUUGUUAAAGAUUUCAAGAUGUCACUAUCAAAAUUUUGGUAUUUGAUAUUAGAAACCUAUUGCUCGACUCUGAAUUUUGACCGUCUUCACCAGUUUAUAUUAUCUUCAUCCAAUGAUAAGACUAACUUGAAAUCACCUAUUGGAUUUCAAAUAAUUGUUGAAACAUGCUUAGCAUACAAGGGGCCUCCAAACUACAUUUCGAUGUAUAUUAACCAGUGCUCCGAUAUCCAUUAUUUGGACAAAUGCCAUUUGUUCAUUUCAAACAACGAUUUGGUAUCAGCUGCCAAUGAAGCAUACAAGUAUAAAGACAUAGAGUUUUUGAACUCUUUGCUCGACAGAGCUAAUAAGCAUGCAAAUGAUUCUGUCGUUCAAUCCAUAAAAGGAUUAAUUACAAGGUUGGGUUAUUAGUGUUUAUAAUAAAAGUUCUAUUUACAAUUUUGAAAA